CAGUGGGGUUCCUUUAUCCUAACCAGGGAAAAAGCAUCGAAAAGAACGGGUUUCAAACGUCAACAUUGGACUGAAAUUGUCAUAUUAUCGUUGACGAAGCUGCCAGACAUCAUGGAGGAAUUGGAAGAGCCCGAUCUUGACAUUCAAACCCAAAUGAUCCUCCUUGCUUCCGCGAACCACGACUUAGAGACCCUGCGCACUCUGUUCAAAACAGCGUCCGCGAACGUUCAAGAUGAGGAGACGUUGGUGACGCCUUUGCAUGCUGCAAUCGCUGCAUGUGAAGACGAUUCUCCGGAUGGAACUGCCAAUGGACAUGGUCACUCGAAUACCGACGUCGACUCCUCUGCAGCGCCCGAGCACGGAGAAUCCAGCCCCGCCGCAAAAACGUUGAGGCUGCUGUUCCAGAACGGUGCCGUUUGGAAUGACCUCGACGCGAACAAUGAGACUCCCGGUUGCAUGGCAUGGAGGCUAGGGUUGAAGGAUUUAUAUGAAAUUAUCAUCGAUGCGGGUGUCCGGGCGGAACUCCUCUUGAAUCGACUCGACGAAUAUCAAAUGCUCCUCGGAGCGGACGACGACGACGAAGACGACGAAGAGGAAGACGAAGUUGUUGAGGCGGAAGUAGAUGGGGAGGUUCCAGAUGGAGUGACUUCGAUAAGCCUACAGGACAGCGUCAACCCGUCGUCGAACAAUGAGGCAUAUUUAAGUUCGCAAAUCCCGUCGGCGACUACGACUACCAACCUUCUGGAUUCGUCCUCGAACGCCAUCAUGAUGACUUGGGAAACCCCGAUCAUGGAGGAACAUGCGAAAGAACUGCUGCCUCGCGAGGGGAUGAGGGUAUUGAAUAUCGGGCAUGGCCUAGGGAUCUUCGACGGCAUCGUGCAAAAAUACCGGCCGGCAAGUCACCAUAUCAUCGAGGCUCAUCCCGACGUGGUCGAGCGAAUGAAGGCGGCGGGAUGGUGUUCCGAAAGCGAGAAUGAAAACGCCCGGCCGGGAGUUACGGUUCACCAAGGGAGAUGGCAGGAUGUUGUACCGCAAUUGGUGUCCGAUAUACAGGAUGGACGAGAACAGAAGUUCGAUGCGAUCUAUUUCGACACCUUUGCCGAGUCCUAUUCCGAUUUCAAGAAGUUCAUUGGGCUUGUUCAGGACCUUCUUGCGAGCGGGGGCAAGUUCAGCAUGUUCUGGGGAGCUGGAGCCGAUCGAAGAUCUUCGUAUGAUGUCUACACCAAGAUUCUCGAAAUGGAUCUCUUCGAGGAAGGAUUUGACGUAACCUGGCAAUCCAUCCCCAUCCCCGAUCUUCAACAAGCCGGUGAAUGGGAGGGAAUUACACGUCCAUAUUGGACUCUGAACGUAUACAAACUCCCAACCUGCACCCUGGCCGAUUGAUCCCACCAACCUCACCAAAGUACUCCAAGCGCUGUCCAAGAAU